UAAAAAUUGUCUCGGCUAAUUUUUCUCAAUUCAACUAAAAAGGUUUAAAUAAAACAAAUAACAUGGCGGGUCGCGACACUUUCCAGCUGCGUUUUGCAGCCGUCGCGGCAUCCGCCGCCGUAUUGAUCUUCCUCUUUUCCAGCCAAGCCGUGGAAGCAUCACGUAUGAUGAACCUAUGCUCUCACACCGCGUAUCCAUCUCUGUGCCAGCCUUUGGUGAAGCGUGUCACGAACCCAAGAAGAGCCACACACCAAACCAUUCAGGCUUUGGAGGCUAAGACAAAGCUGGCUUUAACUGAAGCGGCCAGGUACAAAAGCGGUAACCAAGAGAUCACUACAUGUUAUGAAACGUUUACCGACGCGCUAUAUAAUUUGGCAAACGCGAGGAAGAGUAUAAGGAAACGUAAUGUGAUGGCGAUGAACACGUUUUUAACUGCGGCUGUGUCUGAUUUUGGUGUAUGUGUUGAAGGGUUCAUUGACAAGGGUCAGGUUAAUACGGUUCAAAAUGCAGCGGUUGAUUUGAGGAAAAUUGGCACCAAUAGCUUGAUGUUGUCUACAUUGAUUAGAUGAUCAAAUAACAAACAUUUGUUAUUUUCUCCAAUAAAAAACUAAUUAAUUUCUUCUAAAUGAAAAAGAGAACAAAAAAUUCUAACUAA